AAACAUUUUGGAGAACAAAUGUCUCAAUACAAAUCAAAUUCUCAAUCAUGUCAACCUCACAAUCAUCUCUAAUGACAGCAAAUUGAUUAAGCUUUUAACUGGUAGAGCAUUUAGGAUAUUUUUAGGCAGCAAAUGAUCUCUCAUCAUUAUUGCCAUAGCCACUCUACCACCCACAAAUAUUGGGACUACGCGAGCUCCACGGAUUCAAUUGGGCAGCAGGUGGCUUUUCUUCACGCCAGAAGAAUCCUUAAAACCUCUUCCCUCCCACGCAGACCUCUGCUCGAUAUCGAGGCGUUUUUCUAUCGCGCAGGAGGGCUAGGGAAAAACUCAAGCUCAUGUAAUUUAGGGAAAUUAACUGUAGAUGUGAAUGUGUGCUACUUUGGGCUACUUCAGUUAUGUGAGUGGAAGGCAAGCAAAGGAAUUAACCAUGCCGUGUAAGGACCGUCUUGAGAGAAGUUUCACAGGAAACCUGCCUCCUGGACCAGGUGCUGGAGCUGAUUAUGAAUGAGAAGCCCGCCAACACCGCCAGCCUUUUCCUGAACGAGGACGCCGACAAGCCCUCCCUCCCUGAACGAGGCCUCUGGCGGUGGUUACAUAGGGCCAUGCAGAAGAGAGCGGCCAGUGCCAAGGACACGAUGAGCUCCAUCACUAAGGAGAGCGUCAAGGGCUUCCUGAGACGCAACCUCUUUGUCCUCCUCACCAUCGCAGCAGUGGCUCUAGGUGUCUUGCUGGGUUUUGCCCUGCGGCCCCACAACCUGACCCUCAGGGAGAUCAAGUACUUUGCCUUCCCUGGAGAGCUGCUGAUGAGGAUGCUGCAGAUGCUGGUUCUGCCUCUCAUUGUCUCCAGCCUGGUCACAGGUAUUUCCUCUCUGGACAGCAAAGCAUCUGGGAAGAUGGGAAUGUGGGCUGUGGUUUAUUACAUGGUGACCACCCUCAUCGCGGUCUUCAUUGGCAUAGUCAUUGUGAUUGUCAUCAAACCAGGGAAAGGCCAUAGGGACAGCCCAGUGGUCUCUGGCGGUACCAUAGAGCCAGUACAAGCAGCUGACGCCUUCCUGGAUCUCAUCAGGAACAUGUUCCCACCAAAUUUGGUGGAAGCCUGUUUCAAGCAGUACAAAACAGUCUACAAGAAGACCAUCUACACCAAGAACGUGACCGUUACUCUCAACCUGACUGACUCCCUAAACGCUACAGAGGCUGCCUUGGCUGCUAACAUGAGCAGAGUGCUGCAGACCAUCCAGGAGACAGUGGUGGAGACGAUCCCAGUGUCUGGUUCCUCUAAUGGGGUGAACGCCCUGGGUCUGGUGGUGUUCUCCAUGUGCUUCGGCCUGGUCAUCGGCAGCAUGAAGCAGCAGGGACAGGCUCUCAGGGACUUCUUCGACUGCCUCAACGAAGCCAUCAUGCGCCUAGUGGCCAUCAUCAUCUGGUACGCUCCUGUGGGCAUCCUGUUCCUGAUAGCAGGUAAGAUCGUGGAGAUGAAGAAUCUGGCCGAGGUGGGAGGUCAGCUGGGGAUGUACACGGUGUCUGUCAUCGUGGGACUGCUCAUCCACGGUCUCUUCGUCCUGCCCCUGCUCUACUUCCUGGUCACCAGGAAGAACCCCUACACCUUCAUCGCUGGCCUGCUGCAGGCCCUCAUCACUGCCCUGGGGACGUCCUCUAGCUCUGCCACCCUGCCCAUCACCUUCCGCUGUCUGGAGGAGAACAACCGUGUGGACAAGAGAGUGACACGCUUCAUCCUGCCCGUGGGUGCCACCAUCAACAUGGAUGGCACUGCCCUCUACGAGGCUGUGGCAGCCAUCUUUAUUGCUCAGGUUAAUGACAUGGAACUCAACUUUGGCCAAAUCCUCACCAUCAGUAUCACAGCAACAGCUGCCAGCAUUGGAGCAGCAGGCAUCCCGCAGGCUGGUCUGGUUACCAUGGUGAUUGUAUUGACAUCGGUGGGACUGCCCACAGAGGACAUAACGCUGAUCAUUGCUGUGGACUGGUUCCUGGACCGACUGAGGACCACUACCAACGUGCUGGGGGACUCUCUGGGGGCGGGCAUCGUGGAGCACCUGUCGCAUCAGGAGUUGCAGAGCCAGGAUGUUGAGGUGGGCAACUCGGUGAUCGAAGAGAACGAGAAGCCCUACCAGCUCAUCUGCCAGGAGAACGACUCAGUGAAGCACCACAACAGUGAGACCCCCAUGUAGGGGUCAGGACAGGGGAAUUUAUAGGCCCAGUCUGAAAACAAUCACUAGCCUCUACUGUACUUCUUCUUUUAGUCAACGCCACUCCAACAUUGCUCAAUCUAAUAUUUAUAUAUUUCUUAAUUCCAUUAUUUUACUUUUAGAUUAGUGUGUAUUGUUGUUAGAUACUACUGCACUGUUGGAGCUAGGAACACAAGCACUUCGCCACACCCACAAUAACAUCUGCUAAAUAUGUGUAUGUGACCAAUAUUUGAUUUGAUUUUCAGUGUUUGUAGAUAUGGAAGAACUGGGUACAGUAGAUGUAAACAAUAUGGGGAAAGAUAUUGGAUGCCUAGGUUGAGCCAUCACCAAAUUGCUAACACCUAUCUGGUUAACCUCAGAUCUGCAAACACUCUAGGGAUAGUGGUUUGGAAUUGUUUUGACACUCUUAACCAUAUCACCAACUCUUUUGGUUAUUUCAGUCCAAAUCUGAGUCCAUGGAUGCAUUGUCUACUCUAGAGGACACUGAUGAAAGAACCGGACAGGGGAAAUCACAUUUUCCAUAGAUAUCUAGCUAUCAUAUUGAUUUCAUUUAUCACAUUUUUUCAUAUCAGUAGAGAACACUUUAGACUGUUGUUAUGUACUCAGUAUCGGAUUCAUUUACAUGAUCAAGAAAAUAAUUGCCAUUCAAUGACCUUUUUAAAUAUGUGAAUAAAUGGAAAAUCCAUUCCUAUACUCACCAUCACGUAGCUGGUUUUGUUGCAUGGCUUGAAUUUGUAUUAUAUUUUGACACUUUUAGCAUCAUUGACGUAAUCAAUUUGAGUUUAUAGCAGCCUCAGUUGUACUUCUGUAGUUGGUGGUUGUUGUUUUCAUUGUGAAUCUACCUCUAAUAUAAUUCAAGUGAACAUUAUGCUUUCUCUUAAGCCAUUUGAUUUUCUGCCCCAAACAUUACCUAGAGCAAAUGUUGUAGGCCUAUCAUAUUAUCAAUGCUACCAACUUUGAUAACCAGUUUUUCAACAGUUUUGAAAACAGACAUUGACGUAUUGUCAUCAGUUUUGAUAUAAUGUACUUUGCUUGAUCUCUGUCAAUAGCAUCAAUGUGAAUGUACAGUAUAUAUUUGUACGGAUAUCUGUAAUAAUAUUUUACACUUGGGUGAUUUCUAUGUUACUUAUUGAGGUAAAUUGGGGUUGUUAGACUUUUUUAUUUUUUGAAAACAAUAUUGGUAACAAAGAUUUAUUUUCAGUGUUAACUCUAGUGUUUCUUAACUGAACAUAUGUUGGUACUAGUGCCCUGUUAUUUUAACACAAGUCACUCAAGGCUGAAGUAUGUGAAAUGUUGAUAUACAUUUGGUCCAUUUGAAGAAUAUGAGCAGGGAGAUCUAAGUAGAUUUCUUGACUAAAAUAACUAAAAUGCUCACUAGAUAUUCCAUUUCCUUGAUGCUGUAAUCUUACAUGGUCAUUUCAGUUCAUUUCAAUUCAACAUCCAGUUCUUUAUGGAUGCACGCACUACCCCCCGUUGUGGUAGUGGUUCAUUUAUGAUUAUGGCUUUUCUCUUUUAUUUGACUGUGGGAAAAAAAGUGGAAAAAUGUUAUGCCUAAAGCACUUACAUGUAUAUACAUAAUUUAAAGGCAAUUAAGUUCGAUGUUAAAGAGGCAUUCCAGAAGAUUUGAAAACAACCUAAUUAUUAUAAACCCUCUGCAGUUCUAACAUUUUUACCUGUCAUCAUUUAGUGCACGAGACACGCGCUCAUUCAUGUCAUGUAGCCUAAUUUGUGCCUCUUGUUUUACAUAUUAAAUAGUUGAUUUAUGUUUUCGUGAGAUGGUUUAAAUUUUGAUGGCUUUAGAAUUUUGAUGGAAGAAUAUGAAAGUUGCAACAAAUAAAUGUCUCA